AUGGAAUAACCACCUGAAUACAUAUUUGCAUCAAUAGAUAACUGUUUUGAUAAUUCAAUCGUCUUUUACUUUCGUAUUCUUAGAUGGGACUUUAUACUAAUGGUUAUCUUCGCCAUACUUCACUUACCAUAAUUAAUAUUCUGCAUUACAGAAAAUAGCAUAUUCAAUUAAUUUCAGUUAUAAUUAGAAACAUUUACAGUACCUAAUAUUGAUAUUUCAAAUGAAACUGCAUUUCUAAUUGGAGUCUUAGGAGAUGCAAUUGGAACACUUCUUUACUUUUUGUCAUUAAUAUAUUUACGAUAGAAAUAAAUGGAUUUCCAUCAGCUACAAUUGAUCCAGAAGAUUUACGUUCCAUUCUUUAAUCUAAUACACAUGAAAUAUAUUUAGUUCGUAAUUUCUAGGGUACUCUUAGCAUUAUGAAGAACAAAGCAUUCAAAGAGAGAUAGAUCAGAUUAGAAAAGAAAAAGUUAGAAGUAUUUUCUAAGAGAUUAUCAUAAGCAGAUAUGUACGUAAGACAAGAUUUCAUCAGAGUUUGACUGAUGAAUUAAAAGAUAUUACAAAAGAAUUGUCAUAGAAAUUCAAUAUCUUCUUAGCUUCAGAUGACUUAGAAUCAAUAAAGGCUUUCGUUGUUUUUAAGAGUAAAGUUGAUCGUGAUCUAUUUUAUGAGAAAUAUAAUUAAGAUUGUUUAGUAAGAAAUGGCGGAUUAUUAAGAAAGAAACAAUGUUUAAGUAAUUCUUAUGCAUUUGGUCGUAGCAAUAAUAUUAUUAGCACCAUUGAUAGUAUUUGAAAAUAUGGCUUUGAAGAAUGCAAGAAACAAUACAGUCAAAUGUACUGAAUACUGUUUAGAUAAUGAUUUUACAAGAACUGCUUAUUAUAUAAUAACAGGAUUUUGGAUAUUUAUUGCAGAUAUAUUAGGAUGGAUCUUUUUGGAAUUAAUCAUUAAUAAAGAAAAAUAAAUUUAUUUAGUUUAAGAAUAAAAAGUUAUUUUAAUUAGAAUUAUAGUCUAUUUGAUAUGUUAUACAUUAUUGGUACCAAUAUUAAUUCAUGGGAAACAAUUGGAAAUAUUGUAUUAGUCAUUUAAAGUUAUACAUCAAUAGAAAAAUGAUUAAUUUUUAGAAAAUGGAUUAUUAAUCAUGGAUUGA